AUGGGCGGUUCAGCAAGCUCUCCGAUCCCUGGAGGUGGGACGUCUGGGUACCACAUUCUGCGAGUUCAGGACGGUUCACCUGGUCAUCAAGCUGGUUUGGAAGCUUUUUUCGAUUUCAUCGUUGCAGUUGGCGACAAACGUCUGGAGGAAGAUAAUGACUGCAUUAGAGAUUUAUUGCAGGCCAAUAAAGAUAAACCUGUUCGCCUACUUGUUUAUUCGUCUAAAUCUCAAUCUUGUCGUGAAGUAACUCUAAUACCCAAUAAUCAUUGGGGUGGUCAGGGUUUGAUGGGUGUCAGUAUUCGAUAUUGUUCAUUUGACAGAGCUAAUGAAAAUGUAUGGCACGUAUUAGGUGUAGAGUCUAAAUCACCAGCGGAUUUGGCUGGAUUAAAACCAUACACAGAUUACAUAAUUGGUGCAAACUCCGUAUUGAAUAAUAGAGAUGAUUUUUUCGAACUAAUCGAUUCUUCCGACGGGCACGUGAUUCAAUUGUAUGUUUAUAAUUCUGAAUUGGAUUCAUGUCGUGAAGUACAUCUCAAACCUGAUUCCAACUGGGGUGGGAAUGGCUUACUCGGUUGUGAUAUUGGUUAUGGUUAUUUACAUCGUAUUCCAACAGCAGCAUCAACACUGCCUGAAUCUUCACAGUUACCGAAUAAUGUGCCGCACUAUCCACAGGAAUCUCUGAAAUCGUCAACUGUUAGUGAAUUAAAAUUACCACCUGCAUCAUCAAAUGAAAUUACUAACGGCGUUGCUGCUCCUUGUUAUCCUCCACCUUCGUAUACGUUUAACAAUACACCAUCAAAUAAAUUUGCUGAGGUUCCUCUAGUUUCUUCAUCAAUGCAACCCACAAUACCGCCUUCAUCGACACCACUUCCAACUACUUAUCCUACUCAAGUUCUUGUAGAUCAUUUUAACUAUGCCUACGCCCCCGUCCCAUCUUCAGCAUUUACACAAAAUUCAAAUAUCCCGCCUCCUGCACCUCUUCCUCCUGGAUUGACAAAUAUAUUUAGUAUGCCAUCAAUAAGUCCUCCAUCUGUUGUUGGCAGUGUUCCUGUCGUAUCUUCAGAUGCACCUUUGAUUUCUUUCGAAUCUACAAAAAAUGUUGGAAAUGCUCCUCAAUAUUCACAGUUUAAUAUACCACAAAUGUCAAGUGCUCAAUAUUUUCAACCUGUCACUGAUAGUCUACCUACUUCUACGAUGAUUGCACUGCCUGGAAUGCCACCAUUAGACGUUAAAAUGCCUCCUCUAGAAAGUCUCAAUCUUUCUACAAAUCAAGGUUCGUAA